AUGGCUCGAGCCACAUUGCUCGGGGUUUUGGACAGAGAAAACCCGCUUCGCGAAUCCAUCUCUACCUGCUCGGCCUCGCCGCCUAUGGACGACGAAUCUCCGUCCUUCCCGCCCAUUGAGCCCUCCAAUUUCGACCUCAUCGUCGUCGGCACCGGCCUCCCCGAAUCCAUACUCGCCUCCGCCGCAUCAGCGGCCGGAAAAACGGUUCUCCACCUCGAUCCUAACCCAUUCUACGGCAGCCACUCCGCCUCCCUCCCCAUCGACGACCUUGUCCCCUUCCUCAAAUCCCAAUCUGAACCGCAGACCCUAUCUCAAUCCCAAUCAGAAAUCGCUCACGGCGGCGAUGGCGUAUGUAUUACUCUCUCGACCCGCCCUCUCUACACUGAUGUAGAGAUAAACGCCUACUCACCCGACCUCGUCGGACUUUCUAGAAAAUUUAGCCUCGACUUGGCGGGUCCUCGAGUUUUCCUAUGCUCCGACUCCAUGAUUGAUUUGAUCCUCAGGACUGAUGUUAACCAGUACAUGGAGUUCAAGAGCGUGGAGGCCUGCUUCUUGAGCGACGCGGAGGGUAAAUUGGAAAGCGUGCCCGACUCGCGCGGUGCCAUCUUUAAAAGUCGGACCUUGUCCCUGCCUGAGAAAAAUCAGUUGAUGAAGUUCUUCAAGCUUGUGCAGGGGCAUGUUGGGAGUGAGAGCGAAGAGAAUAAGAUUUCAGAAGAGGAUUUGGGGAGUCCUUUUGUUGAUUUCUUGACGAAAAUGGGGCUGUCCGAGAAGCUAAAAUCGAUAAUUUUGUACACAAUAGUGAUGGCUGAUUAUGAUCAGAGAAACUUGGAAGUUUGUAAAGAGGUUAUGGACACUAAAAGCGGGAUUAAUGGAUUGGCACUUUAUCACUCGUCCAUUGGAAGGUUUCCCAAUGCAAAUGGUGCUAUAAUAUACCCCAUUUACGGUCAAGGGGAACUCCCUCAAGCUUUUUGUCGCCGUGCUGCUGUCAAGGGGUGCAUUUAUGUUUUGCGAAUGCCUGUGGUUUCUGUGCUCAUGGAUAAGGAUGGCCAAAUGCAUAAGGGUGUGAAAUUAGCUUCCGGUCAGGAGUUAUUCAGCUCUCAACUGAUUCUUGCUCCACAUUUCACAAUCCCAUCAACUUCGGCUCCUAUUGAACAGGUGGCAUCUUCACAUAAUGCCAGGCUUUCUGAUACAGAAGAGAAGGUUGCUCGGGGAAUAUGCAUUGCGAAGAAUUCAGUAAAGCCAGGAGUUUCAAAUUGCAUGGUGUUCUUCCCUCCGAAAUCUUUGUACCCUGAACAAAUUACAACCGUCCGUGUACUCCAUUUGAGUGGCAAUGUGGCUGCUUGCCCCUCAGGGAUGUUUGUGACUUAUCUGUCAGCUAAAUGUGGUAACGCUGUAGAGGGGAAGAAAUUACUAAAUGAAGCCAUUAACACAUUGUUCUGUAAGGAACAUUUAUGUGAGAAUACGGAAGGAAAACCAUGUUUGCUUUGGAGUGCCCUGUAUAUUCAAGAGCUAACUGAGUUUCGCGGCGCGUCUCAGUCCAUCACCUUCACGCCCAUGCCUGAUGAACAUCUACACUACAAUAAUCUCCUUGAUGCAACCAAAAAGCUAUUUCAAGAAAUAUAUCCUAAUGAAGAAUUUUUCCCAAAGAUUAGCACGACAGAUGAUGAUUUUUGUGAUGAUGGGAGCACAUAA